AAUGUAUAUUUGCUGACUAGGAUCUUAAAUGUUGAGUGGAGCACCAUAUUAACUGAUUCCCAGAGCAAUCCUGCUCUGUGACCAAUUUUUUGGCUAUCGAUUUUUUUUCCCCAAUUGCGAAGGAUGUCCAUUCAAGGACUAUCCCUGACAUUUUCUCUGUUGUUUAUCUGCUUCCUUAGGGAGAGCUUCUGCAUUUGUGAUGGAACAAUCUGGACAAAGGUCGGAUGGGAGAUUUUUCCAGAAGAAAUGCAUUAUCUGAAAGUUAAGCCUUCUCCAUCUCACUGUCUACCUUACCCUCUGGACAAACUAUGCUGUAAUUUUGCUAAUAUGGAUAUAUUUCAGGGUUCUUUACAUCUCCUUUAUAUUUUAGUACAAGCUCUCUUUUUAAUCUUGUCUGUUUUAUCUGUGCAUUACCUGUGGAUGAAAUGGAAAAAACAUCAAAAAAAGCUGAAAAAAACAGCCUCCACAGAUACAUUUGGUAAUGACCUGGAAAAUCAGUCCAUCUAUGACAUUGAUCAAAUACUCUGCCGGCUGGUGGCCACAACAUCAAUGAUGACCAAGUACCUGAAUCAGGUGUCCCAUCAUCCUCCAGCUAAGAAAGUCAAGCACCGAAAACUAAAGAGGAAGAAGUAUGAAGGAGGAGAAGGAGCCAGGGGAUACUAGACCUAUCCAUGUGCAAAUGUAGCUCAGUUCAAUAUGAAGAUUACACAAGAAAUCUGUUGAGACAACUCAUGUCAUGUCAACUCAUGUCAUGUGGAUAAAAAUGGUUCUUUGAGAGCCUUUGUAAUUUU